AUGGAUAGCUUGGUAGCCUCACAACCAUCUGCAAGCACUCAAGGGAGACUUCCAGCUCAACCUGAAGUUCACCCUCGUGGUCAUUGUGGAGCCAUUACUACUCGGAGUGGCAAGACUACAACUGAUCCUCUUCUCCCAACGCCACCGUUGUAUGUACCACCUGCCUUCCGGCCUAGCCAGCCAAUGGCUUCUCCACAGGACCAGCAGGUACCUCAGCAGUCCACUACUACUACUGCUGGACAGCCUAGUUCUUCUACACCACCAGCUAUAGCUCCUAAUGAUCCAUCAUCAAUCAGUUCGACUUCAGUUCCACCUACCAAGCCGAAGCAGCCAUUUCUAGAACGGUUUGAGAAGUCAAGUGAAGACAAGCAGUUUGCUAAGUUUCUUGAGAUGAUUCAAGAUGCGCAGAUUACCAUCCCCAUCCUUGAUGCUGUCUUACAUGUUCCGAUGUAUGCAAAGUUCUUUAAGGAGCUGCUCACAAAGAAGCGAAACAUUAACGAGCCAGAAGUGGUUACUCUUACUAAGGAAUGCAGUGCAGUCAUUCAAAAUGAGAGACCCCCCAAGUUAGAUGACCCAGGCAGUUUCUGUAUUCCAUGCUUGAUAGGAUCUAAAAGUUUCCGUGCUUUAUGUGAUCUUGGCUCUAGUGUGAGUGUGAUUCCCCUCUCUGUCUGCGAGGCACUACCUUUGGGUGAUGUACGGCCGACUACCAUGACUCUCCAGCUUGCUGAUCGCACUUAUCGCCAUCAGGCAGGCAUUUUGGUUGAUGUCCCUGUGAUAGUUGGUAACUUCGCAUUUCCAGUUGAUUUUGUUGUCUUGGAGAUGGAGGAUGAGAAGUCUAUUCUUUAUAAUGAGCAUACUUCUAUUGAUCCAUCUCCUGUAGCUCUAAUUGAUUCUUCUCAGGAGGCUUCUCUUACUUAUGAUCUUAUACCAUCUUCAGCUCCUAAGGUAGAUCUGAAACCUCUUCCUGAGCAUUUGAGAUAUGAGUUUCUUGGAUCUGAUAAUACAUAUCCUGUUAUUAUGCUUGAGAGGUUAGCAUGUCAUUCUUAUUUCAGCUACCUCGAUGGGUACUCGGGCUUCUUGCAGAUUCCGAUACAUCCGUCGGACCAGGAUAAGACAACAUUUACCUGUCCUUAUGCUUCCAAGCUUGCAUUCCGGGAAUUGGACUGGCUUAAACAGGAUGACUCCGCUGCCCACUCGUACCUUGAAGUAGAGCCUUCCCCAAGGCUCUGUCAAGACCUCCGAUCGGGGGAAUCAUGA